CCGCCUCCAUGUUGGGAAGGUCAGGCGACAGAAGGAGGAGGGAGAGGCGGAGUCAGUGGCACAGAGAGACGCUAGAGGGGGAGGACGGAGAGAGGAAAAGGAAAGCCUGUCAUACCCGCCCACCUCCUGAGGGAAAACAGGGACUCGCUGCGGGCUCCGUAACCCUUGGGACACCGAGCUAGCCGCCCCGGGAGCGCCCUCACACUCGCCCGCACAUCCGCUAGGCCUCCGCCCGUUCCUCAGCCCUCCGUUAUCGCUCGCCAUUAGCAGUGUGUGCGCUCCCAGGGAACCCCCCUCCUUCCCUCACAGCGCCCCGCCUGGGCUUCAUGCUGAGCAAGAGAAGGAAAGAGCAGGGAGCCGGCCCGGCCUCGGACAUACGGGGGAUCCUCAGCCAACCGACACUCUGGGACUUCUCCUCAGGCGGAUAGGGCUCUUCCUCCAUCUUUCAUUUCACCCCUCAUCCCCCCCCCCCCACUCACACUCACACUCACAGCAUUUGUACCCACAGGGCAUAAACACCAUUUACUCACCAGCAUCAACAUACAGACACAUAUACACACAGUAGCACCUACACAUUGCAUACCUUACCCCCUCUCUAUAAAUAUAUAUAUAUAUACACACACACAGCAUAGCCUCUAACCCACUAUAAUACAUUGCCCACACCACAGACAUUAGGAGUCCAUAGAUCCCCCCCCUGUGUUUAUAGACACUAUCAGUGAGUAUAUACUAUACAUUACAUACCUGCACAUACGUUAUAGCUAAUUGGUAGGUUUCAUCAGUUCUCUACGUUACACACACACACAGUAUAGCCUCUAACCCACUAUAAUACAUUGCCCACACCAGAGACAUUAGGAGUCCAGAGAUCCCCCCUGUGUUUAUAGACACUAUCAGUGAGUAAGUAUAUACUAUACAUUACAUACCUGCACAUACGUUACAGCUAAUUGGUAGGUUUCAUCAGUUUUCUUGAUUACACACACACACAGCAUAGCCUCUAACCCAGUGUAAUACAUUGCCCACACCAGAGACAUUAGGAGUUCAGAGAUCCCCCCCUGCUGUGUUUAUAGACACUAUCAGUGAGUGAGUAUAUACUAUACAUUACAUACCUGCACAUACGUUAUAGCUAAUUGGUAGGUUUCAUCAGUUCUCUACGUUACACACACACACAGCAUAGCCUCUAACCCACUAUAAUACAUUGCCCACACCAGAGACAUUGGGAGUCCAUAGAUCCCCCCUGCUGUGUUUAUAGACACUAUCAGUGAGUAAGUAUAUACUAUACAUUACAUACCUGCACAUACGUUACAGCUAAUUGGUAGGUUUCAUCAGUUUUCUUGAUUACACACACACACAGCAUAGCCUCUAACCCAGUGUAAUACAUUGCCCACACCAGAGACAUUAGGAGUUCAGAGAUCCCCCCUGCUGUGUUUAUAGACACUAUCAGUGAGUGAGUAUAUACUAUACAUUACAUACCUGCACAUACGUUAUAGCUAAUUGGUAGGUUUCAUCAGUUCUCUACGUUACACACACACACAGCAUAGCCUCUAACCCACUAUAAUACAUUGCCCACACCAGAGACAUUGGGAGUCCAUAGAUCCCCCCCCCUGCUGUGUUUAUAGACACUAUCAGUGAGUAAGUAUAUACUAUACAUUACAUACCUGCACAUACGUUACAGCUAAUUGGUAGCUUUCAUCAGUUUUCUUGAUUACACACACACACAGCAUAGCCUCUAACCCACUAUAAUACAUUGCCCACACCAGAGACAUUAGGAGUCCAUAGAUCUCCCCCCUGUGUUUAUAGACACUAUCAGUGAGUAAGUAUAUACUAUACGCUACAUACCUGCACGUACAUUACAGAUAAUUGGUAGGUUUCUCUACAUUAGACACACGCACUGUUCAUUUACUCUGAGCCUUCGUCCCACAGAAUAUACAGCAUAAAACUGUAGCCCAGCUGUUCCUCCACUGCUCUUGGCCACCCUAGCUACUUAUAUAAUCGGUAUUUUAACUGUACGUAUAGAAUUGGGUCAUUUUCCCUUAACAUUCACAUAGAGCUCACUUCUGGGCAGCGGAACAUGUACAGAUAGCUCACUGUUUAAUAUAUACACAGCAUUGUCUCACCUCCCUACAGACACAGUUUGCACACUGUUUUUUUUUAAUUUUGCACAUACACCGGCUACUCUCCCCGACACUCCAGGCAGACUGGGCUCCCCGGCAGCAAGCUCUUAUACAAGAAACACCUGCCUAACAGCCUUCACCCUCACGGUUGCAUCCCCCCACCCCAAAGGCAGACACUUCGUUUCAUACAUCCGCACCGCAUCCCCAAUCCAGUCGUCAACUACGGAUAAGAUAACGAGGACGAGAAGAAAAGCCAAUUCGUUUCCAUGGACAACACAUCUAUCAUCACCCAGGUCUCUAACCCCAAGGAGGAGGGAAUCCUGUCUUGUGCCCAGGAAAAGGUCUCCCAAUGCAAUAUUAGCCUAAAAAAGCAGCGGAACAGAAGCAUCUUCAGCUCCUUAUUCUGCUGUUUCCGCAGUUACAGCGUAGAGCCACCAACCUCAAAUAAUAACAGUAGCCCCCUUCCUCCGCUGGUGGAAGAAAAUGGGGGCAUUCAGAAGCCACCUGCUAAAUACCUCCUCCCUGAGCUGAAAGUAUCCGAUUAUGGAAAGAAGUGCGUGGUCAUCGACCUGGAUGAAACCUUAGUGCACAGUUCAUUUAAGCCUAUAAACAAUGCAGACUUCAUAGUUCCUGUUGAAAUAGAUGGAACAAUACACCAGGUCUAUGUGUUAAAGAGACCUCAUGUGGAUGAAUUUCUCCAGAAGAUGGGCGAGCUGUUUGAGUGCGUUCUCUUCACGGCCAGCCUGGCCAAGUACGCGGAUCCCGUGGCCGACCUGCUGGACCGAUGGGGAGUGUUCAACGCAAGACUCUUCCGAGAAUCCUGUGUUUUUCACAGGGGAAACUAUGUGAAAGAUUUAAGCCGUUUAGGAAGAGAACUGAGCAAAGUCAUUAUAAUCGAUAACUCUCCGGCAUCGUACAUCUUCCAUCCAGAGAAUGCAGUUCCCGUACAGUCUUGGUUCGACGACAUGACGGACACAGAGCUGCUCGACCUCAUUCCCUUCUUCGAGGGACUGAGCAAAGAAGACAAUGUUUACAACAUGCUUAAUAAGCUAUGUAACAGGUAGCCCUGGCCAAGCUCUCCCGCUGUGAAAAAGCUGCUCCCUGCAGCCGCUUCAGACUGAGCCCCGUCUCUGACUCUUACCUUCUCCACCCCGACAUGUUUUGCUCCGAACCAAUACGCUCUGCCAAACACAGAAAUCCGCCACAAGAAGUUCCGCUCUUGUUCUUCCGGAAGGGUGCGAGUGACGCAGCGCAGCCUUUUCGGGACUCCGUUCAACUCAAUUCUGUAACCAGUCGAGCCGAGCGAAACAUUUUGCCGAUGGAACGGACAAAGCAGCUCCGCCGAUCCUCCCGGCAUCUCCGGGGGUUGCCGAGCAACGGACAGUGGAAAGAGAAUAUUUUUUAAAAUAAACUUUUUGUCUCUAGUUUUUUCUUAAGAUUGAUAAGGACUUUUCAGGCUUUUAUAACCAGAAUAAUAAAAAAACAACACACCAAAUGAAACCGAAUCUACAAAGAAGAUUAUAGGAAAUGGUCGAUGCUAAAUCAUCUACCCCCCUUCUCGCCUGCUAUGGUUGGUCCCUACACUAUGCAGACUGUGCGUCCCCCCCCUUUGCUUGGAGCAGUUGACCUGACUCUAGUGCUUUUUUUUUCCUUUUCGUUUGUUUCCUACAGGAUGAAGUGCCUUUUUGAGUGUCAAAUUAAAACAAAAAAAAAAAAGAUAAAAAGUUACAUUUUCUACAGACCUGUAAUCUUUCUAACAUCGACGCGCUUGGAACCUUGAUAUAAAAGCACUCUCACUUACGCCGACGAACACUCGCGGAUACAACUAACCGGUGCAGUGCGGGUUGCAUGACACCAAAACAAUAAUACCUUUUAACGAUUGACAUAUCGAGAUUCCUUCAGCAGUUGCUCUUUCAGUUUUGUUUAUCGGUGCCGCUCAGAUUUCACUUAUUAUUAUCCGACUGCCGCCCCCGCCGCCAUAUUUUUGUUCUGGACGGCCUACAUACAAAGUUCCAUA